UAUUCUCUACGUUUGUCAAGUUUAAGAGGGAUAACAGUCGUCAUUACAUCGUUUUACAUUUAUUAUUAAUUAUUAAAUAAACUGAUCUACUAAUAAGUUAGAAAAUAACUAAAAUAUUCUUAUCUAAUAAUAUAAUUCGCAAUAAAAAUAAGUAAUUUGAAAAUUUUGAAAUAUUGAUUGCAUUGAAAGUCAAAUAAUUAUUUAAAAUGGAAAGAGGUUAUACUACGAUAGAUGAAAAUAAUAUCGUUUACGAAUGGAAGAUUGAUAAAAUUGACUUUUUUCUCACCAGUAAAUUCGAUUUUAUUCUUCAGUCUUCCGAAUUCUCAUCAGGAUCUACAUUCAAAGAUACAUGGCGUAUUAAAUCAGUCUUUGAUUCUAAAGACAAUAUAGACUUUUUCUUGUGUUUAACAAGUGAUCAUCACGAAUUGAAUACAAAAUUUUCAUUUUAUGUGUUGGAUAGUAAGAAAGAAAGAGCUUUUAUGACAAAGUUUCACACCUGUUUCAGUAAAGGAGAAGAAAGGUAUUAUUGCUUAAGAAAAAAAAAUUUAAUGGACAAUAAAAAUAGAGAUUUACCUGAAGAUACUUUGACAGUGGGUAUUGACCUUACUGUGUAUGACGUCCCUAUUACAACUUCCACAAAACUUUCAUUAAAUAUUCCAAAACAUUCAAUAGCUCAUGACUUAACAGAGCUUUAUAACUCUGGAAUCGGUAGCGAUAUUAUUAUAAAUGUGGGUGAUCAUAUUUUUGAAGCUCACAAAAUUAUGCUGAUGGCGCGAAGUCCUGUUAUUGCUGCAAUGUUUUCACAUGAUAUGAUCGAGAAUAAAGAAAGUAAAAUAUCAAUAUCAGACAUUACUCCAGAGAUAUUCCAAAAAGUCCUUGAGUAUAUUUACACCGAUAAAGUAACUGGUCUAGAUGAAAGUAAUGUUGAGUUAUUGAAAGCUGCGGACAAAUAUCAACUGCGGUCACUAAAAAAUACUUGUGAAGAAUCGCUUAGUAAAAUUUUGGCUUUGGAGAAUGCAUUUUAUUUAAUGUAUUUAGCUGAUUUGUGUAACGCCACUCAUCUGUUAGAAUUAACAACCAAUUUUUUGGUUGCAAAUAUGAAAAAUGUUAUUGAUAACCCGGAUUUUAAAGACUUCGAGAAAUUACACCCUUCUUUGGCAUUGAAACUGACGAAAAAAUUCAUUUCGAAAAAAUUAUGAGAGCUAAUAUUCCUGACACAAUUGUAAAAUAAUUUGCUUAUAAUGUAAAUAUCCAGAAUUGGAACCACGAACAAUGACUUGGUGCUCAACAGUAUUUCAAAAUCUAAAAACUAGUUUUAUUAUUUGAGGAAAUUAACAUGUUAACUAAUUAUUAUUAAGAGUACUUUUUACAUAGUCAUAUCUUCAUAUACACAGCGGAACUGAAUCAAACUAAUCUAAAAGUGAAUAAUUAAUUAAGAGAUUUGACUCAUCUGCUAUUGUAUUUUUAUGUACGAAUUGUUUUUUAUACUUUUGCAAUUAUAAUUACAAUGUUUCAUUUAUUUACUUAACAAAUUGAUUUUUGUACAAAAAUAAAAUUUGAAACAUUUUUAUAAAAUCUGCGCACGCUUAUAGGAUAGAAGUACCAUUUG